UUAUGAACUCCAUGUGAGAAGGAAAAAUAAGUGUCUGUGAGCCCCACAGGGCUGGCAGAAAUUUACAACAGAUUCGCCAUCAGAAACCCAGUCUUGAAUGGCUUUGUUUCAGUUCUGCACAAGAGCAGAUCUGCUCUACAAAGGCAGUGCAGCAAAAGGACACCUGACCCCUGGCAGCAGAAAGAGAAUAUCCCAAUCACACUCACUAAUCUUUCUGCUGGCUCCACUGAUGAUAUAAAAAGCCAGAGGGACAAUCAUUACUUUAUAUUCUAAUUACCUGCCUGACAAAAGGCACUGCAUUUCCCCAAAUCCCCAUUCGGCCUCAGCUCUACAAAGUUAAACCAUUCUUACACAUUUUCCAGAGGUCAAGUAUUCAAAGCAGCACUUGACAAAUCAGGUCAGUGAGUCAUAAAAGUACACAUCUUAUUUUUCUUGGCUAAAAUUCAUCAGCUAGAAUCUAAGGAUGCCAAACAGGUGUUUGUACUGUAAGGAGACUUUUUUUUUUUUUUACUUCUUCUCAUUAUUCAUGUACAGUCCCUAGGCAAAUUUAUAGCAAGCUUUUAAAAUUAGCAUUAAUAAUCUUAGGGGCUGAACUAAGACCCUAAUUAAGAUGGUAUAUGAAUGUUUCCUGCUUGCAUGUGAGAUUAUAGAUUUAAGCUACACAGUCUCAAGGCUCCUUAAGGAAUUAAUUUUAUUAACAAUGGUUUGGGAAAGAUGGUCAUUAUUCUUGCUUUUUUACAAGGUGUUGAGACAUCAAGAGAAAUAUUUUACUAUUUUGACCUGUGGCCUGUUAAUCCAUGUUUAGGACCUGGUUUCUCAGUGGACAUUGUAAGUCACAGUGUAACUGCCCUGGUCCUGGUGGCUGGACACACUCACCACCUCUGAAAGCGCUUUCCAACUAGUGAGGCAUUGAGGAAAGGAGGAGCUUUCUCAGAAGCAUGCAAAGGCUUUGCUGAGGUGAGAUUUCUAGCUUCACACAGGACUGCCUCAGCAGAAGCAAGAGGUCAGUUUCCAACAAAUGAUGAGGCUGCUUCAGCAACAAGACCAGCCUUUCAUGCAAUAUUGUUCCACUGCUCACCUGGAAAAUUAGUAACAAAACAGGAUAGAUUUAUCAAACUACCACCUCUCUUUCCCACAGCCAUAUUGCACCUGCAGGGUGAAUCCUUCCUGCAAGCUACAGACACAUGGAUCACAGCCAGUUUUGGAACAGGUCCUUGCAGGGCCGUCCCGCUAGAAAUGGCAAAUGCUGGCACUGCUGACUGCCACUGCUAGAGCUGCAGGAGUGGAGCCUGCCACUGCCAACUACACCUGCAGUUUUCUGGGAGCCACAAACUAAAAGAAGAGUUGGUGAAAAAAAGUCCAAGCAAGAAAUAAGAGAUUAAGAUUCUAAUACCAAAUUUCUAUCAUCGGUCCUGAACACAACUUUUGCUCUGAGAGAUAAGCCUUGAGAAAUCAUAAAAAGUGCACCACAGUUGAACAGUUGCAGAGCUGAAAGGGACAUUUAGCAAUGGCCUUUCCCUCUGCCCACAGCAAGGCAGCAAAAAACACCUGCAGCUUUGCAGCACAAGUUGCAGGUUGAAUCAAGGUUUAACUCAGGUUAAAGAGUCCUCUCUUCAGAAGUUACCACACAUCAGUGAAAUAAGUUCAUGUUUCUUUUUGUGGAUAAACAGAGUCUUCUCACUGGAAACAACUGCCAUUUACCGAGUAGCCUAGAAAGCUGUUAACCUGAUUUAGCUGAACUGACAACUCGUUCUUACCAAAAGCAAUCAUACACUCCCACAGUGACCAAAGCUUUCCUGGCAGAGCUCUCUCUCUGGAUUUAUCAUUAACAUCUACAUCCUAACACUGCUAAAUAAUUCAGUACAGCAUUUAGCCUUGUGUCCUUGCCUCCCUACUCAGAAAACACUUUCUUUUCUGUAUGUUUCAGCAACAGGGAACAAAACCCUGCCUGGAAUGUGGUUCCACCUUGUGCUGUAUAACUGAGGGAGGAACCUCACUUACACCCUUUCACUCUCAAUAUAGAAGCAUUGGUUUUAUUUCUUUUCUUUUGUUGGAAAUAGUGUUUAUUAGAUAACUAAAUAUAGAGCAAUAUUUAUCCACAUGGACUCAUGACCAUGCAGGCUUAGAUUCACAUGCAAAUUCCCCUUUUAAUAAUCCUAAUGCAGGGAGUGCUCCAAUCAGAGCGCGAUCAGCCCCAGCUCCCAGAUACCUGAUGCCAGCUUUGCUGGUAAUGUAGGCCACCGAAGCAAAUCCAGAGAGAUUGAGUUGGAAGAGGAGAGAGGCUCUGAGAUCAAUUUUCUUGGCUUCCUGACGAUGAGGGGGUGUAUAACUUCUUUUUUUUUCUUUUCCACUGUAAAGGGGAUGUCGUUUAAGAGGGAUCAUUAGCCGCGAGCAGCCUGGCUGGGUCAAGGCUGGGAGGCGGAGACGCAGUUGCAAGCAGCGAAGCAAGGUGGAGGCACGAAGACAGAAGACCAGGUUAAUGAAAGCAUGAGGUGGCUCUUGGGCAGCAGCUUAAAAAAUUUUGGACAUGCUGACAGGGGAAACUAUGACUGGCUUAACAGUGAACCAGGUGGGCCACUUCUGGAAACAGAGCUUCAGAGCAGACAACAGAUAAGUUCAACCAAAGACGACAUAGAACCAUUUCUGUGUAUCAUAUUGCCUGCCACCAUGAUGCUCUUCCUGGCAUUCCUGCUGCUCUUCCUGUACCGCCGUUGCCAGCGCCCCGCUCAGCAGGGGCAGAUCUUCAGCAUCGACCUUCCUGAGGCCCUGCCCGAGCACGACGUGUCCCAUUUCCUUUCUGCGCUGCCCUGGAGCAGUGAGCAGAGCUUCCACUACUCCACGCUGCUCCCCGAUGCCACAUUCCUGUCUGUGUGUUUGCCUCCGUCCUACGAGGAGGCCACAAUGAAAACUUCCGUGGAAGAGGCUCACAUUGAGCUCUCUCCAGACCCAGUGCCUCCUUACGAAGAGAGCACGCUGCAAACCAGCGCACCAAAUAAACUUCCUACAGAAGCACCUUAGCUGAAGCAUGCAGCACAAAGGUAGAACUGCUAUGGCCUUUAAAAUUUGUGAAAAUAUUCCAAAUAAGGCACAAAACCAAUGAAUUUAUGAAGGAAGAAACUUGAAGUAACAGGGACUGCGUCUCUUCACCUCAUCCUAGGAUUCUCUACCUUCCAUUUGUGGCAAGUGUACACAUGGUGUAGCACCAAAUCAAAUCCAGACUAGUAACACGGGGAUUCUAGUUAACAAACAUGUCAUGCAAGGAUUAAACUUAAGGAAAGCUGGGAAGCUCUUCCUUUGUAAUCCCUCAGCUACAACGAAAUGUCAAUAACGCUAUAGAUUCAGCAAUCACAACAAGGGCUUUUAGCACAUACAUAUUCCAGUUUGGGGGUUUUUUUUUUGUUUUAUGCAUUUAUAUUUAAAUGAGUCUUUGUCAAGCUGAGUCGCUCAGUCUGUGUGUGUUUACAUCACAUCAUUCUGCAGUGCUCUGGAAUGAUCACAACAGCUCUCAGGAAAGCAAAUAUAUAACCUCUACAAAAUUUCCAGUAACUGUCCACAAAGGUUCAAAUGUGCACUGUGAAUAAAGGCUGUCUUUUCUCACAGUUGGACAAUGAGGACAACCAGCAACCAGAAAAGACCUGAUUGUUCUGGGUGAGGAAACCUCCAUGCAAAAGCACACUCACUCUGCUGCUGCAAGCUACUUGCCAAGGUCUGUAAGGUCCCAGCAUUCCAGACUACUCGGCUGACUUCUUUUCCAAGUCUAAAAUAAUAAAACAUGGGACUUACUUGGUGCAGUGUGUAAAGGAGUUGGGAAAAAUUAAUAAAAUUCAGUGCACCAAAAAAGCCCUGAUCUGUAUUUCAAAACAGCAUUAUAAUCCUUUCCCCUUCAUCCCUAGGGCAGGGUGAGGCUAGUUCAAGUGUGUUGGUGGCAGUGGUUCAGAGUGUUUGCUUAUGAUUUCAGAAAAUGAUGCAUGUCAUCUUUAAUUCUUACAGGAUAGCAUUUUCACUAGGUUGAUAGAUACCUUUGUUACAGGAGGUGGUUACUACAGAUCCUGACAGCCUCAAAAGUUAUGUUGGCAAGCCACAGACAAAUGCAGUGCCAUGGAAUAGCUGACACCUGCAAGGAAGAAACUGUCGUAGCAGCUGGUGCAGUCUUGGUGUAACUUACAAACCCAAAGGUUUGCACUGGAUGAUUUCAACAGCUGUCAGGACGUGUCAAUAACAACCAGUCCUGCUUUACAGACUUAGCAUGUUCCUUAAAAGAACCCAACAAAAACAACAACACAGUAACAGAAGAAAAUAUCCUCACUGUACAGCAGAAGAAAGGCCACUUUAGAGCUGCAAAGUGGUUGAAUUCUGUGUUAUGUCAACAGUGACACAAUCACAGUAACCAAAUUGUCCAUAUCAAAAUUGAUGUUCCCACUCAUAGAUUUCUCUUACAAUAAGGAAAAAAAUAUGCCUUUUUAUUUAGGAAAAAAAAAAAAAAAAAGGGUUAUCUUCUUGAACUACAAAUUUGAGAUAAUUCUUUUUCUAAUGUUCCAUUUGGGUCAUCAAACUGAAGCAGCAGAUGUUUUGGAAAACUCCAAAUUCAAUCAACCAUUUUUCUUCUCAGACCAUAUCUGGGAACAGUUCUCGGUAUUUGCUGGCAUGUUUGAAAGUAUCAUAUUCUACUGCCUCCUCACAUUUUCUUUACUUCCUUAAUACUUGGUAUACAUGCAGUUGUUUCUAAGGAAAGCUGGAAAAGUACAAGAGCCCAAAAAAACUUACCAAAUUGCAAAGGUGCAAAGGUUUGAGAUUCAAAGAUAAACCACUUCUGCCUCUGGUGUUUGUAUAUUCCACUAACUUCAGGAUAAUUGUACAGAUAUGCUUGAAAACACACACAUUGUCGUAUCAGUUUGAAUAUAUUUUGCCUUAAGAGAGCUAUUGUGUUCUGAAAUGAGUUAUGCUGUUCUUCAGCAUGAUCUCUUCUUCAACCCUUAACUUGGGUAGAGCCUGAUACUCAGACUCUGGGCUCAUCAUUCUAAACUGCUCUCUAGCUACCUUAGUUACAGUUAAGAAAAAAAUUUGACUGGUAUUUCUUGUGACUGAGACACUUCUAUGCCUAGUUAAGAAUUGCUAUUCUCUGCAAGAAUAUAGAGAGUGAUUGUGUUUUAUGUAGUAUUUAUUGGGCAACUCUCAAAUCCUGCUUUAGAAAAUAGCUUCUGAUUGUUAGCAUUGCUAAAGACAAUUGAAAACAGAUACUUGCUCAAAUCUGUAUUAAGAGAAACACUGCCAUGACUUAAAUUCUUCUUUCUAGUAAACUGCUUUUUAUUCCAUCUGGAAUUGGUAUCCCUUAUCUCAUUCCAACACAGAUUUGUCUAGUCUUGUAUGUUAAUUGUCCCUAGUAGGUUUCAAUAUGACCGGCAUCUCUAGUCUUAAAUCUCCACCCCAAAGAGAAGGCCCACCAAAAAUUAUAUAUAUAAACAAAAAACAAACAAACAAACAAAACCAAUGUUUCUCAAGCAAAUAUACUGAAAUUGAAUCACUAUUUCCUAGAAGCUGCCUCUGAUCCCGUCAGGCUGUGCUGGCACACAUCUCAGCAGCCACCGUGCUACUGAUGUUGGUGCUGCUGGUUGUGGAGCAGCUGUCAGGUCCUCUGGGCAAACACCUUGUGCAUCAAAGAAGAGAGCUCAUGACCUGUAAGGAACUCCUGCCUGGGAAUAGGAGCAACCAUAGGUGCAAUGGGAAGAGCUUCCAUUGUUUUAGCUGCAGUAAUCUGAAAGGUGAAGGUUUAGAGCACCCCAUCUAAAAGAAGGAUGUUGGAUUUGGGACCAUAAACACAAAGACUGAGGAGGGACAUUAAGUUUUCAAUUACAUAAAAGGUAACAGCAAACACAGUAAAAUAGGGACCCUUCAUGCCUACACCAGUCUGAACUAAUGCUAGUGAUUUUAAACUGAAACAAGAUUAAAUCAGAACAGGAAUUUCUAAAAGUGAAUUGUAGUCUGAAAGUGCAGUGAAGCAGUGGCAGCACCAUCUCCGGACACACAGAGAAGGUAGACAAACCAGAAUGAUGAAGGCUUCUGGUUAGAGCAGAGAGUGGAUUAGACUUCUCUGUGUCCUUUCCUGUUCCUAUGCCCUAAAGUUACACCAAAGUAAAUUUUGUUCCUUGUUUCCAAAUUGUAUGAAAUCAGAUGGCUUUCUUUGAAAAUUUCAUAUUAUGAGAUUUCACAUGCGUCCAGAAAUCACUGUAACACUGGCAUUGUAUUUUAUAGCCAUAAGGUUAUUUUCCUUUUUUUUUUUGUUUAAAUCUUGUAUCUGCUAGUACACAUACAAAUUAUGAACUUACCUUGAUGUGAAGGGUAAUUGUAAUUCAUUUUUCUAUUAUGAAAAUACUAAGGAACCCUGAUGAGAUUAAUUAUGUAUACACUACCCCUUGUUUAUAUUUAGUAGGAAACUAUGGAACAAUGCAGGCCCUUUAAUUAAGGGGCCUUCACAAGCUUGGAGAGCAAUCUCUGUGCUUGUCUUCCCCAUGAGAGCUGCCAGAGUCUCUCACAGACAUGGAUCCAUUGUUCUACAGACCAAAACGAAUACACAUCUUGCACAUAUGGCAGAUUCUUGAUCCAAAUACACUUAAUGUAAAAGAACACAGGUAAUUUAUACAAAAUAGUUCUUCUAGAUAUCCACUGAAAGUAUUCAGCACGUAUCUCCAAUAAUGCUGCAGUAGUUUCGUAUUAAUAGAAUAUCCUGCCUGUAUCAUUUUAGCCAAAGGAAGAAAAGAUGACACAGCUCUUUGCAACCACUGUGGGAUCUCAGAAAAUAAUAUCUCACAUAAAAUUGAUGCAUGCUUCUGCAAAGAUUGAGCAUCUGGCACCUGAUCUUUGCUGAAUUUAAAACUAACUCGUGACUCAUUGUUUUGUAUUUGCCAAUGAUAAAAUGUGCUUUUCAAAAGAGAAUAGUCAUUGCUUGGCAUUAUGAAGUUACCCUUGGUCUAGAGAAGGCAGAAUAAGCAUUGCAGUGCAUACAUGUCACUUCAGAGAGCUCCUCAUCUGUAACAAGUAUCUUGACUAGAAAUUUAGAAACCCAACUGAAGUGGAAAACGCUUUGAAAAAAGAAAACCAAACAAACCCUGACAGUAUAUCUUUAUGAUAGUUCAAUAAUAUAAUAGUGGCCAAGAAAGAACUGCUCCCAAAAUAAAACUCUUCACUUAAUCCACACUUUAAAGGAUUUUACUCGGGUUCUUAUGGGAGCAAAGCCUCCAAAUACAGACACACACACAACCUACUUUUGCUAGUACAAACUCCACUGGCAUGAACUAUAUAUGCUCCAGUAGUGGAAACUCUUACAAAUGUAGGUUAUAUCAAGAGGAGAAAGUGAAUGGGCAGUCUUAUGCUGGUUAGGAGAGUAAUUUUAUUUGGGUGAGGGUUUUUUUCUGUUGUUGCUUGCUAGGAUUUUUUUACAAAUUUCAAGAACAAACACUUUACAAAAACAUCAGAUAAGGAUGAAAUGAAUGCUUAUGGCAAAUAAAUUAUUCACUGACUCCUCUCUCAAAAACUGUCAUAAGUGAAACAGCUAUGAAUUUUUAAUAAUGAAAUUUCUUAAUUUCAGUCUGUUAGUAAAUAAUCAUGCCAUGCCUUUCAUUACAAAGCAGUUCUAUUCAUCUCUUGGAUAACAAGGUCUUCUGCAGAACAGGAAAGGUAUGUGAGUGUGGAGCCUCAGGAAGGUGUCCUCUGUAAUAAAGACAACCUGCCAUUCUCAGUGGGAUGGCCACCAAGGCUAGGCACAGCUAAUAAAUCAAUGCUGCAGACACGUGGGUGUUGAUGAAGACAGCAAAACCUCAUUGAAGACUCUCAGAUACAUGACUAGGCUGACAGUGGUGUAAAUGUAUGCUUGCACUUUCACAAGCUUCUCAUUAAAAAGGUAGAAAAAUGCCAAUGUCUUUCAUGUUUGUUGAGUGUAUGAAAGAAUCAAACUUGUCUGUGAGUUUGGCUCCAUCAGUAGUUUUGCUUCUGAUUAUUCACAGGUAUGUCAUGUCUAUGAGACCUUACUGUCAGAAAUUAAGUUUAAGGAGGAAGAAGCAAUCAAAACUGUAGUACUCAGAAUUUCAUAGAACCAAAUUAUAGAAUCAUUGAGGUUGGAAAAGGCCUCUAAGAUCAUCAAGUCCAACUUCAAGCCCAGUAUUGCCAUGUUCACUGCUAAACCAUGUACAUGAUACAUCUACAUUUUUUUUUUUUAACACUUCCAGGGAUGGUGACACAGCCACUUUCUUGUUUCAAUGCUUAAUAACUUUUUAGUGAAGAAAUUUUCCCUAAUAUCCAAUUUAAACCUUCCCUGGUGCAAUUUUCCCUCUCUUCUUGUCACUUUCUACGUGGGAGAAGAGGCCAACCCCUACCUCACUACAAACAUCCUUUCAAACAAGUUGUGCCAUUAGUACAAUCUUAUCUUAUCCGGUUCCUUUUGUAUUCAUUUGUCCCUCCAUGUCAGCAUUAUUUUAUUCUUGAAUGAUGAUUCUUGUUAUUUUUUUAUUGAACGCUACUGAACUUUUCAGACAUUUCCAUCUGUGGCAAAAAAAAAAAGUAUUUUAAAGCAAGAGAGCAUGGACAGCCAAUCCUCUCCAGUCAUGUCAAGCACCUUCAUAGGUCUAUCUUUUAUUUUAUAGUGUUUUGGCUUGUUGUUUAGUUUUUUUUCCAGGUUCAAACUGAGAGAACUGAAUGCAUGGGUUUUUUUAGCUCUUUGUAUACUAAUUAACUGAAUUCCUUUAGUGGCCUUCCAAGCAUAAAGCACAGGAAGAAAAGCCAUGCUCUUCCUGCCCUACACCACCAAGUAUCC